CUCCUGAAUGUCGGCUUAUCAACUGGUCUAUACACUGUUCCCAAUUUUAUUUAUGUGCACAAUCAUUCCAGCCUCUGCCUAACUGCAGACCGGCAAGCAAGUUUUAACUUCAAUAACUUCGCCAACGUGAGCCCAGUGCCACUGCUUUUGUGCUUGAGGCGUCUCUUAUACGCAAAGAAAUUUCGCGUCACUAUUCUUUUAUUACUUGCUUUGGCGCUGGCUUUGGCCGUCUCCGACAGGGCAGGUCGAGCUGUCCGUGUUCAUGUACCGGUCUCCUGUUGUUCGCUCAGCAACAAUGUUAGUAUUACUAUCCCCAGACUGCCCACUCAGUCGUCCAGCCGCCUAGUCAGCCUCUCGUCACUAGCCCAGCACCGUCAAGCACACACAGCCACACACAUGCAACGCUAUCAGUCUGCAGCCCUGUCUCUAAUCGACUUGGUUGCCUAUGCCUUUUUUACUGGUGCUUGA